GGCCACAUCCAGUUUGUGUUGAACCCGUGGACCCCUGCCUGUGAAUGGAUAUACAGCAUUAUUAGCUCCACUUUCGUGGCUGUGCACCCCUUGGCUGAUGCCAUUAGAGAUCCUGGUGUGUUGAGUCAAGGCAGCCAUGACCACGUGAACGCUCAAACCAAUUAAGGCCCCUGGCAGCGGCUUACGAUCAGACUCAUCUUGUGUAGAGAGAUUUCUGUAAAUUGGAUCAGGCUGCUUAAAGGGACUUAUCGUGACGUACUGCAACUCUGAGUUUAAUCAUGAGGAUCCUCGGCAAUCCUCCGCCGCUCUGAGAGGACAGAACAUCGUGAUUAGCCUCACCUGCGUGUUUGACGAGGAAAACAGGUAACAGUCGAGGAAAACAGUCGUGUGGAAUGAAGAUUGAGUCACAAUGGGAGAGGAGUUAGCUUUGAAGAAAUAACUCGCUUCUCCAGGAGCUUCCUGGCUUCUUCACCUCUGCUGCUUGACCGUGGGAUGGAUCCCCGCCUGAGCUGAGUCUCCGUCCUGUUGGACCUGCCAGAGGAGACUCUUAAAGCAAAGAGAAGGACGCUGGAACUUUGAAAAUCCAAGGUGCAAAUCCUGAAGCUCCUGCUGCUCUCUGUUAUCAUUUGACACAUCUCAGGUUGAACUAUGGCGUUGAUGUUGGUCAAGUUUGACCUGAAAAAGCGAGUGAAGCUCGCCCAGACGGUCUGGUUCAUGUACUGGUUCGCUGUAAUGGCUGGCGUGCUGGUCCUCAGCAUGGGCCUCUUCUUUAAGAUCGAGCUGCGAAAGCGCUCAGAACUUAUGGACAACAACGAGAGCCACUUCCUGCCCAACCUGCUGAUAUUAAUGGGUAUAAUAACGUGUGGCAUCAACGCCUUUGGAGGAAAAGUGUGCUACGACUCUCUGGACCCUACCAAGUUCGUGAAGUGGAAGCCCAUGCUGAAGAACUUCCUGGUGUUCUGCGUCUGCUUCAAUGCCCUGCUGCUUGUGACGGCCGUACUGUGCUUCCUGAUGAGGAUCCCGCUGCAGUUCACCCUGGCCGAGGGCCUGAGGAACGGCAUGAGGUUCUACAAGGACACCGACACACCGGGACGCUGCUACAUGAAGAGAACCUUGGACCUGAUGCAGAUGGAGUUUCGUUGUUGUGGGAACGACAACUUCAGAGACUGGUUCGAGAUUCAGUGGGUCAGCAACCGCUACCUGGACUUCAGCGCAAAGGAGGUCAAAGACCGCAUCGGCAGCAACGUGGACGGCCAGUACCUGAUGGACGGCGUCCCCUUCAGCUGCUGUAACCCCAGCUCCCCCAGACCCUGCAUCCAGUACCAGAUGACCAACAACUCGGCCCACUACAGCUACGACCACUACACGGAGGACCUGAACGUGUGGAAGCGAGGCUGCCGGGACGCGCUGCUGUCCUACUACGGAGGCAUGAUGAACACCAUCGGAGCGCUGGUGGUCCUGGUCACCAUGCUGGAGGUGGCCGUGACCGUGGGCAUGCAGUACGUCCACAGCUCCCUCUCCACCCUGGCCAACCCCGAGGACCCGGAGAGCGAGAGCGAAGGCUGGAUCCUGGAGAAGACGGUGAAGGAGACGUUCACUGACAUCAUGGCCAAAAUGAAGGCCAUGGGCAAAGGCAGCAAGGUGGAGGAGGGCGGCGAGGCAGCGGGUGCCACCGUGAGCUGAACUCACCCCUGCUGCACAAACGGACACCGCACCCACGAGGAGGAGAAGAUGUGUGAGAUUACUGCUUUUUCUACCAACAUUCAUUACUGUGUUUAGACCUACACACCCAUUUGGCUGGAACUGCUUUGAUAUGGACUCCUCACAAACCAGUAAAUAACACUGAAUAUUUAUACAUAGAGAUAAUGAGUAGGAUGAGAAAUGUUAAGCUUUUAAUUUGGCGUUCCCAGGUGAUCAAAUCCCCGUCUUCCUUCUCAGAACACAGAACAGGCACAGUACUGUUUCUGCUGCUCUGUGGGUUUGGGCUAUGUUCUGGAGUAAACCUGAUGUGUACUGAUAACUGCCGGUCAGAGGUGAGGAUGUGAUGGUAGCCAGGCAGGGAGGCAGGCUGCUCACAGGGAGGAGAUUUCCAGCCCAGUGUUUCCCUGUCCACCUGUCCACAAGCAGGAGAGGCUCCUGAAACGGGUCCAAAUUCUGAAUUGAGUGAAUCCUUGUCAUCGGUUGGUCGACCCCCAGCCUGCCAAGGGCGACUGGAAUUGGCAGCUAAAUCGUGGCUCCUGACCCCCGUACUGUAAGCUCAGAUCCGCUGUUUCCCUUGUAUGUUGACACACAUGUAUAUGCUAACACCUGCGUUGCUGUCUUUGUACAUAGUGUAGAAACGACCAAAGCAAUUUAACUUUUUUAAAAUUAUGUAAUUAAGCUAAAUAUUUUAUUUAAAUCCAAUAUUUUUUCCAUAUGAUGUUUUGCGUCUGUAUAGAUGAAUUCAUGCUGAAUAAAGGACUGUAGCGAUGUGAA